CGAACAGUACGGCAUAUCCGUCUCUGACUCCGCUGACAUAUUGUGGGACUUUGUUAUUCUCUUCUGCCAAGAGCCAUGCCUUCAUGAUGUGCAAGAGAGUCUGACAAACUUCCGUGCUGGGCAUGUAAGACAUGGAGUUAAUGUGGUAGCCGGAGUGGAGGAUAUAAGCCUACAGAACAGGCUCUCUGUGCCAGUACAACAUCACCACGUUUCAACCUUUUGUCCUAGAAGCACGCUUACCUUGACGGCUUCUCAACUUACCCUCACCUGCCACUCCUGAGUUGCUACUACUAGCUAUAUACAUACUUCCUUGGCCCCCCCUACUAUUUCCUUCCAAUUGCACAGCCUCUACAAUAACAUCGCCAAAAUGUCAUACCUGUUCAAACAUUCUAGCGUUGGGACCUUAGCACAUUACAUUAAGCAUCGCAAAUUCGACUAUACCCGCACAACAGCAAAGCCGAUAUCUGCUUCAUCAUCGACCGACGACCUCCCCUUCCCAAAAGAAGAUGUUAUCACAGACGCAGCUGUUGGAGCAGAGCUUAAGCAGCACCAGACUACACUUGUCGAUUGGAAUGGUCCAAGCGAUCCAAGCAAUCCUCAGAAUUGGCCUCAAUCCCACAAGAUACUUGUGACAGUCUUGCUCUGCGUCUACACCUUCGCCGUGUACGUCGGCUCCUCGAUAUACACUUCCUCACAACAAGCUGUCAUGGACAAGUUUGAUGUCAGCCACGUCGCUGCCUCACUGGGUAUCGCGCUCUACGUGCUGGGUUACGGUAUCGGAUGCCUGCUCUUCUCACCACUAUCUGAAGUACCGGCUAUAGGCAGAAACCCUCCGUAUGCGAUAUCUGGUUUCUUCUUCAUCAUUUUGUGCAUACCAACCGCGCUGGUGGACAACUUCGCUGGUCUGAUGGUACUGCGCUUCCUCUUGGGAUUUAUGGCGUCGCCCUGUCUUGCAACCGCUGGUGCGUCUCUCGGCGACAUCUGGACCAUGGCGGAGUUCCCAUUCGCUGUCGCCCUUUGGGCUGCCGUCGCAACCUUGGGACCUGCGCUCGGCCCGACUCUAUCUUCAUAUGCCGUCAAGGACUUGGGCUGGCGCUUCUCGAGCUGGGAGCUGCUUAUUAUUGCCGGUCCCGUAUACCUCGCCAUACUCUUGGUUUUGCCAGAGAGCUCAGGACCCACCAUCCUGUACUACAAAGCAAAGCGCAUGCGAGAGGAUACCGGAAACCAAGAGUUGAUGUCGGCCUCGGAGCGAAAGCAGAGGGAUAUGAAAGUCAGUAGCUUGCUGUUCGACGCGCUUGUCAAGCCUUGGGAGAUUAACGCCCUGGAUCCUGCUAUCUUGUUCACCACGGUGUACAUGGGUUUAUGCUAUGGCAUCUACUACUCAUUCUUCGAGUCUUUACCUCUCGUUUAUCCCGUCUACUACGGCUUCAAUGCCGAGUCCACAGGCCUCAUCUUCCUCUGCAUCCUUCCAGCCUGUCUUUCCGCCUUUGCCGCGCAUGUGCUGUACCUCAAAUACCGCGUUUUCCCACGCCUCAUGAAUGGGACGUUUGGCGAACUCGAGAACCAUCUAUGGCCCGGUAUGGUCGCCAGUCCCGUCAUUGCAGUGGGCCUGUUCAUCUUCGCAUGGGCGUCCAGACCCUCGGUCCAUUGGAUGGUGCCUACCAUUGGCCUCAGUCUUACAUGUUUUGGCAUCUACUUCAUCGCUCAGAGUGUCCUGCUCUACAUUCCCAACAUUUACCCGACAUACGCAGCCAGUAUCUUCAGCGCCAAUAGUCUGAGCAGAAGCGCGUUUGCAUUUGCGGCGAUCCUAUUCGCAAGGCCCAUGUUCCAGGGUAUUGGGAUCGAUGGUGGUGUGAGUUUGCUGGCAGGCUGCAUGGUGCUGUGCUCGCUGGGCAUCUUUGCACUCUACAGGUUUGGCAAGACGUUGCGACAGCGGAGUCGCUUCGCUGUUGUCUGAUGAUAGAGAUGUAAUAAGUGUAGGGCUAUCGGUUGCUGCCCAGUGGAGAACGUGAGGUUUUACUGUAUGAAUUAAGAGAGCGUGUUCAGAGAAACGAGUUUUCUAAUACCCAAUGAGUAACAAUAGACAUAUGCGAAUUUAAUAUCACUGAGUCCAUUGCUAUAGUUUCUCCAAAGGCAACGUGAAGUCUGCUUAAGCUCGCAAAGAGUUUGCCGCGCAGUCGUAUUUGAUAAGGAUCGGCGAACGCCAGCUCACGAUUUGCGCCAGCACCCGCCGCGGGUCUGCAAAUCACCUCCAGGGCUCGUACCGAUUGCGCAACUCAC